AUGCUUAAAAUCAAACAUGAUGAAUUAAGUGAAUUAAAUAUACAUUUAUCAUUAAAUGAAAAGAAAAUCGAAAGUUUACAAAAAGAAUUCGAAGAUAAAGAUAAUAAAUAUAAGCAAACAUUAGAAGAAGUUAAAAUUGAUGAACAAAAAAAGAUUAAACAAUGUGAAGAAGCUAUAGCUGUUUUACAAAAUGAUAAUGAACAACUUGAACAAGAAAAAACUGCAUUAAAAGAACGAUUGAAACAAUUAACUAAAAAUAAACUUGUUGAUGAUUUAAUGCAGAAAAAAAUUGUUUCUACAACAGAUGGAGGAGUAUCUUCACAAUGUCAAUUAUCAUCAUCAUCUGUUGCUGAUGGAAGUUUCGUAUCACCAAAGAAUGAACAAGAAGUAUAA